CGCCAGUCGUAAUCGCGAGGACGCCUGCGCCAGCGACCCCCGCCGGCCGCCGCCCGCUGUCGACCACGGCGUCGGGCAGCUGGCGCGACUCGUGGUAUUCGGCGCUCGGCUACUCGCGCUUGCCGGACGAGGCGGAGGGGCGCGGCGGGGCGGGAGGGAGCGCCGCAGGAAGCCCGACCGACAGCGCUCCUUCCAGCACGCCCUCGGACUGGUCGCGAGAGGUCGGGGUCGGGCGCUUCGCAUCCUUCGAGGCCACCGCCGGCGCCUCCUUCGCCGAGAUCGCUCUCCAGGGCGGGCCGUCGCAACGCCUCCCCGCCGCCGACGGCCCUUUCCUUGCGCGGCUGGCGGCCGCUUGUGGCGCAAGCCGGCGGCGCGGCGUGCCGACGGGCGACUCGCAGCCGUCGGUCGCGUUUGUCGCGACGAGUUCGGGCGACCGCGUCGACAUCCGGCUGCCCUAGGGCCGGCUACUCUUCUGCACGUACGUGAGUCGGACGACUGGACACUGGAGUCUGCUCGCUCUCGCUGAUACGGUGUGUGUGCUCUACUGGUCGUUAUGGAUUCGGAUCCCCCGGGCCCGCCGGCCGCCGAGAGCGCCGUGUGACAGGUGCGUGUGCGGUUCCCAUGCUCGUGCCGGAUCGGGCUCCGCCUCUUCUUAAUACUUAUACUUUUCGUGUGACGUGA